AUGAAUAUACUAAUUAUUAACACUAGCAUUAAUGACAGCAGAUCACUUGUUCAAAAUCACACUGCUUUUCCAUUUUAUGAGAUCUCAGAAGGUGUAACAAUAUUACUGACCACUGUGAUGAUCUUCACAACCAUCACAGACAUCUUUGGGAACAUACUAGUGGUGCUCUCUGUGUUACAAAACAAAAAACUCAGGAAUGCUGGUAAUAUGUUUGCUAUAAGUCUGUCUGCAGCAGAUGUCGUUGGUGCUGUUUAUCCAUAUCCAUUACUUAUCAGAUCCAUUUUGCAAAGCCAGUGGCAAUUUGGAGAAAUGCAAUGUCAUAUUGCAGCUUUCAUUCAUGGUUUGAGUCUCCAUGCUUCUGUGUAUAACAUCAUGGUGAUAGCAAUCAAUCGAUGGUGCUGCAUUUGCUAUGAGAUGAAAUAUGAUAAGAUAUUCACCAUGAAGAACACCUACUGCUAUAUACUCCUGAUAUGGACUAUUAGCUUUAUUUUAGUUUUACCAGAUCCCUUAGUGGGAGCUUUACAAUAUAAUCCACGUGUAUACAUAUGUUCAUUCCUGUCCUCUGCAAAUGAAGCAUUAACUGUUAGUGUUGCAGUCUUUCAUUUUGUUUUGCCAGUAACUAUUGUAAUUCUGUGCUAUGCAAGUAUUUGGAUUAAGGUCAUACUGGUCAAAUACAGAAUCAAAAAAGAUAGCAAACAAGUUUUUCAAUCAUCCGAUAUGAGGAACUUUUUGACAAUGUUUGCUGUGUUUGUGCUUUUUGCAGUUUGCUGGGCCCCAUUCAGUAUUCCUGGUUUGAUUGCAGUUUUCAGCCCACCAGGAAAAGCACUAAAGUUUCCAGACUGGUUGUUUGUUCUUGGAUUCUUUAGCAUUUGCUUUAAUAGCUGUCUCAAUGGCAUUGUUUAUGGGGUUUUUAAUAAGAAUUUUCGUCAGGAGUACAAGCUUAUACUGUGGUCACUAGUAAAAUGUAUAAUAAGAGAUACAUAG